CAUUAUUAGAAAUCACUCAAGCUAGUCAAGCAUAUACGAAAUAAAAGUAGUUUUUUUAUUUCCUUCUCUUGGAAACAAAACAUUCAGACUGGACGUCGAAGGAUCACUUCGGGAAUCAAAGGAAGAUAAACGAUCGUUGAAUAGAAAGCCAAUAUCAGUCGCUACAGUUGGGAAGAUGAGAAAUACGAAUAUCCCGUCGGGCUCACCACCCAAAUAUGAGGUUGAUGAUCCAAGUUCCUUGGCACCAAGAUGGUGGGAUAUGAGAGCGUGGAGUAAGAAGAAGUGGGCAAUUUUUGGUGCAGGAAUCAUUGUAUUGAUCGUUAUCAUCGUCGUGGCUGCUGUGGAAGGUUCAAAAAAGAAUGCUUAUCCAAAUUACUCACAAUUGAACUAUACACUGAAGGAUACUUACUCAGGGACUGACUUCUUCGAUAACUUCGAUUACUUCAAUACGUACGAUCCAUCAGCCGGUUUCGUUCAUUAUGUUGAUUCCGAAGUUGCCGCUCAAUACAAUUUGACAUAUGCUUCGUCAAGUUCUGCAGUUAUCAGAGUCGACACAUCUGUUACAGCUGACAGUAACCCAAAUGCAUCUACUGGCCGCUUCUCAGUUCGAAUUGAGUCCAAGACACAAUACACUGACGGUCUAUUCAUCUUCGAUAUUGUCCACACACCCAUUGGCUGUGCUACAUGGCCUGCACUGUGGCUAAGUGAUCCAAACAAUUGGCCAACAAAUGGAGAGAUCGAUAUCAUGGAGGCGGUCAACGUUGUGAGCUCUACAAAAAAUCAAAUGACCCUCCAUACUACGUCAGGCUGCUCCAUGGACGUCAAGCGCAAAGAGACUGGAAAAUCCAUUCAAUCUUCAUGCUUGAAUAGCACGAAUUCCAACGCUGGAUGUGGUGUGUAUGACUCUGCAGGAACCUUCGGUGCGGAUUUCAAUUCAAAUGGAGGUGGAGUUAUGGCGAUGGAACUACGUACCGCGGGCAUCCGAAUGUGGCAAUUCGGACGAGAUGCUAUUCCAACCGAUAUUUCAUCUGGUAGCCCAGACCCAUCGACUUGGUCGGAAGCUACUGCCGAUUUCCCCAGCACGGAUUGCAACAUUGGCAAUCACUUCAAGAAUCAAAGUAUCAUUGUCAACAUUGAUUUGUGCGGGAGUUGGGCUGGUACCCAAAGUGUAUAUGAUGUUGAUUGUCCCGGUACUUGCACUGACUACGUCGCUAACAACGCAACGGCAUUCACUGAUGCUUACUGGCAAUUCAAUAACUUCACUGUAUACCAAGCUUCAUAAUCUUCGAAUUCCAAUCUUGGGUGGAAAUGAAAGCGUGAUGUUCAUGGGAACGGAUGUGAUACAAUUGCUUUGAGAGCACAUUGGUAUUGGAAAAGUUGUUUGACGAGAAAUCGCAAUUGGGAUAGGAAUAGACGGGAUUAUACCAGGAAAAUGGCGUUUACAGGAGCGUUGCACGCUAUCAGCGAUGACGUUGUCUUCAUGCUGAGGUUUAGAUGAGAUUUUAUAUGAACACUCAAAGCCCGUGUCGAUAGAUAGCUUAUGGAAAGCAGUAAUGAUGUAAAGGAUUAUACUUAUCAUAAUGUGAAUUCCCUAGGUACCUAGGGUCGCCCUUGUGUCUAAAGAGCCUAGCGAAUUAUACCGACAAUUAAAGCUAGCUUAGC